ACAUUUACUUCUUCUCAAAUGUAUUUCCGACUUACCGUAUUGCGAUUUAUUUACAUGGCGAUCACCUUGUCUUGAAAAUGUUCAACAAGAAACCGCGAAGAAACUUCAGGCAAAGGAAAGGAAAAUCGAGCGAUGAAGAUGAACACAAGAGCGGAGAGGAUGAUGGAAGUAAAACACAAGCUACCGCUUCUAGCAUAAAGCCCGCCAAGUUGCCGCAGAAUCGGGGGAUCUCAUGCAGUUCCAAGCGGGAGGCGAUGUCACCCAAGUCGGACUCGAGUGGUGCUGAAGACGCGGUAGAAUAUGGUACUAGUGGGCUGUUCGUUGGCACUAGACCGCCUAACAGUAAAGAGGAAAAGGAUGGACGGAAGAAGAAAGGAAACGUGCUCAGCUUCUCUAAUGAGAAAGAAGGAUCUGAGUUCAAACUAAAGAAAUCGUCAGAUAAAGCUGUGGUCUUCCAAGCCAGGAGAAAGGAGGCUUCCCCUGCAAAGACCUCCCGGCCUACUGCCAGGAAAGAUGUGACUGUGGUUGCGUCCCGGAAAGAGAGGUCCGGUAGCAAUGUGUCCGGAGAAGAACUGUCAUCAGAGAGUGACGGAGAGGGAGACGCCAAGUCAACCACAUCCAGCUCUGCCUCCUCCAUGUCCUCCACAUCCUCCAAGUCCUCCACUCAGAAACAGAAACCAGGUCAAAUCGCAAGAAGGAUCCAGGCGGCCAGAAGGCAGCGUCAGGCGGCCAGAGCCCAGAAAGACUAUAUCUCCCUGGGGAGAGACGGGGAGUGCUCCCCCCGGACCCCAGACCAGGACCUGGAGGAACGCACUGACGAGGAUUAUGAUGAUGAUGAUGAGCCAGACGACCAUGAACGCAGGAUUGAGUUUGCCCCGCGGUCCAAAACCAUCAGGGAGAGGAUAGCAGAGAAGAUGGGAGGUAGUGGUGCUAGUCAGUCUGACGACCAGGAGAGCGAGGACAACAACCUCUGGGAGGAGCAACAGAUUGGAAAGGGAGUCAAGAGACACCCUGGGGAACAGAGUCCAUCAGGCAGUGAGGGCAGUGGCUCUGUGAGGAGCAGUAGUAGUAGACGGAAACAGAGAGUCAACAUCCCAGAGUGUCUGCCUCUCAUCAGCCUCAGCGUGGUGAAGAAGAGGAUCACUGGGAAACUGUGUGAUCUACGGGAGGUCCACAGGGCUCAUGAGGCAGACCUGAGGAGGAUGGAGGUGGACAUGGACAGCUCUAGAACCUCUCUGGAGAACCUGGAGAGCUGUUCCUCCGACCGCCAGCUUCAGUUCUACCGGGCCACCAACGCCUACAUUCAGAACCUGGUGGAAUGUCUCAGAGAGAAGGUGGUAGAGAUCAACAGUGUGGAAGUGGACAUGCACACUCUUCUGUCUGACCAGGCGGAGGUACUGUUGUCACGGAGACGAGAGGCCAUACGGCAGGAGUCAUCUAGCCUACAGCAGCUCAGCUAUGCCACUGAUCCACAAAGUGAAGGAGACUCCGGGGAAAGCGGGAAUGAAAAAACAAAUAAGAGUGAGUCAGGAGAGCCAGGUGAGGAAGACUAUGGUAGCCUGAUGGCCGACAGCGAACCUUCCCCUGAGGAAGAGGCAGAACUGCAGAGGGAGAGAGCGGAGAUCCUGAGCAGGUCCCAGGAUGUGUUCUGUGACGUGCAGGAGGACUUCUGGGAGGUGAAGAAGGUUCUGUCUCGCUUCAACGAGUGGAGAGUAGCCUUCUCCGAGUCCUACCACUCAGCCUACAUCAGCCUCUGUCUGCCCAAACUACUCAACCCACUCAUCAGACACCAACUUUUAGGCUGGAACCCCCUACAGGCUGCAGGAGAGGACUUUGAGGCUCUGCCGUGGUUCUCUGCUGUAGAGACGUUCUGUCACGGACUGGGUUACCAGGAGGCAGAUCACACUGACAGGAAAACACUGCCUGCUAUCAUAGAGAAGACUCUCCUGACCAAAAUACAAGGUUUUGUGGAGUUGGUGUGGGACCCUCUGUCCAGCCGUCAGUCUCUGUGUCUGUCUGAGCUGUGUCGCAGACUGCAGGAUGACUACUCUCUGUUUGAGGGAGAGCAGAGCAAACCGGUCAAGGCGUUUGUUGAAGCAGUGAUUGGUAGAUUGAGGAGUUCCGUGGAUGAUGACAUCUUCAUCCCUCUGUACCCUAAGAAGUUUUUAGAAGACAAGUCCUCUCCACAGAGGAGGUUCAGAGACCAGCAGUUCUGGACAGCUGUGAAGCUCCUAGGUAACGUAGGCCAGUGGGAUGGGUUGAUACCUGAACAUGUUCUGAUGGAGCUAAUGUUGGACAAACUCCUGAACCGCUACCUGAUGUUGACGCUACUCAACGAGACCCACUCGCAUGACUCUGUCCACACAUGUAAAAAGGUUGCGGUGUGUUUUCCUAAGUCCUGGUUUAAAGACUUGAGCUCCUGUCCCUCUCAGCUGAAGUCCUUCAGUGACCACCUCCUCCAGACUGCCCAUUCAGUCUGCAAACAGCAGCCUGAUCACCCCAACACACGGGCUGUGGUGAGCGAUGUGCUGACUGUUUUGGGAAGCAUCCAGGCCUGGGACAAGGUAGAGACGAUAUCGGACAAAUACCAUUACCAAGACCUGGUGGACACACUCAACCUGUCCUAGUGUGUCCUACUGUGUCAACCAUACAUCAUGUAAUAUCUGUUGUAAUUGUGUGUAUUACACAACUUUAUUUGUACGUUUUUUUAUAAAUAAAUAAAUAUUUGAGCUCUGUUAAA